AUGUAUGUACAAAAUAAUAAAAUUAAAACACUCAACUUUGAUGACUGUUCAGAAUGGUCUCACUUGUCUAACAUUUAUGUUUCCAAUAAUGAAAUUGUUGAAAUUCACCAGAGGGACUUUCUACCACUGCAAAGCCUACCUCUAUCUUAUUUAUUCAUAAAUGGAAAUAAGAUAAACAUGUUCCCAAGAGAAGCCUUUUAUCAUCUGAACUUGUUGCGAUUGAUAAAACUUGAUUCAAAUACCAUCGAAUCAUUUGAUAUUCAGCCUUUCCUAGGUAUGGAUUUUAUUGCAAGAUUAUCAGUGAAAGACGGGAAAAUCAGUAAGCUUCUUCCACCUCAAAAUACAACAAACAAAGAAGAUCAUCUGUAUCCAACCAUCAUCAGUCUUGACAUUGCCAACAACUUGAUAGAAAGUGUUCCUCCAAAUUCAUUUUGGGGGUUUCCAAAGCUUCAGAUUCUUAACUUGACUAGAAACAAAAUCUCGAUUCUUGUGAACAAGUCAUUUUGUCAGAUGCAAUCAUUAUUCGAACUUAAUCUAUCAUCCAACAAAAUUAUGUUUUUGCCAAACAACACUUUUGCCUGUCUGUCCUGUUUGAAAAUAUUAAAUCUUAUGAACAACUUGUUACAGAGCAUUUAUCCCGAAUCUUUCAAUGGCUUGCCAAGGAUUCAGUCAGUGCUCCUGUCACAUAACUCUAUAAAAUAUCUUAACAGAGGAAGGCAAGCAUGGACACUUAGAACUCUUCAGUCAAUUGAUUUUUCCUUUAAUGACAUCACCUCCAUUGGUAAAGAUUCAUUCACCGGCCUUAUAAAUCUAAAAGAUCUUAUCUUAUCUUACAAUCAGAUCUAUUAUUUUUACCAAACUGCAUUUUCUGAGCUAUUCAAGUUAUCAAGACUCCACCUCACAAAUGAAAGGAAAAUUUUCCUUGAAAAGACUUUCAAGCAACUGCAUUCUUUGACUUUCUUAGAUCUGUCAAAUUCUCCAAUCAAAAUAUCACGUUAUCAGACUGAGCAAUUCAGAAAUUUGACUAGACUGCAAGAACUGCGAAUGGAGAUGGCACAGUUAAGUAAUACUGACUUAUACAAUAGUCAAAGAAAUGAGUCAUUAUUCACUGGGUUAUGCUCCUUACAGAAACUAAAUCUAAAAGAUAAUUCUCUGAUGAACCUAGACAGAAGAGUUUUUCAAGCCCUGUCUAACCUCCGCUAUCUUGACAUGACAAAUUCCAGAAUAAAAGUACUGAAGUCAGGGAUAUUCAGUCCUCUCUCAUCCCUUCGGGGUUUGUACCUUGGAAGUAAUGAGCUGCAAAAGAUUCCUGGUGACAUAUUCUAUGGUCUCCAUGAUCUAACUGUGGUUAAGAUCCAAAACAACAGAAUUUUUGACCUGGACCCAAGAACUUUUGCCCAGAACCCUCGACUGGACAUUCUCUAUCUAUCUGGAAAUCAAAUCACCAACAUCAAACCAGGAACAGUACUCCCGAGCAAUUCCCCUUUUAAUUUGGAUCUAUCUAGAAACCCAAUCACAUGCUCUUGCUCUUUGGCAUGGUUCAGAAAAUGGCUCGAGUUGAGCAAUGUCAAUUUUAAAAAUGCCAACCAAGCAAUCUGCUCUGGGACAUCAUUAAAGGGACUUGCUAGCAAGCCAAUCUUGUCAUUUCAUCCAGACGAUCACUGCGGUAUCAACAUUGUUCUUAUCCUGGUCCUCUCUUUCUCUGGUGUUCUGGUUGGUAUUAUGAUUAUUAUUGCCUACACUAAACGAUGGUGGUUAAACCAUAAAUUCUUCCUUCUCAAGCUGGCCAUCGUGGGUUACAAAGAAAUGACAGAAGAAUUUAACGAUGUCAACUACCGUCAUCAUCUCAACAUCAUGUUCCAGGAAUCCGAGCAGGAAUGGAUAGAUCGUGUCAUGAAACCCGGCCUGGAGGCGAGGAUGCCACAUCUGCAGAACAUAAUCUUUGGAGAUGAAGACCUUCAUAUAGGUAUGUACUAUAUUAAUGCAAUCUUUGAUGCUCUUGACAACAGCUUCAAGACAGUGUUGCUGCUAAGCAACGAGUCUAUCAACGAUGCCUGGACCAUGACAAAGGUUCGCAUGGCUCUAGAAUACAUCAACGAUACAGGACUUGACAAGAUCAUCCUGAUCUUUGUAGAGGACAUCGAGGAUGAGAAUAUGCCAUACCUUGUCAGGUUGUUCUUGAGUAGGAACAAACCUUACAUGCUGUGGACGGAUGAUGAAGAUGGUCAGGAGCUGUUCUGGGCUCAGUUUGAGAAGAGCAUGAGGGCAAAUAAAGCUAUCAAUAAUGCCAUCCCUCUCUGAAGACGUUUGAUCUCCAUUGAUAAAAAAAAUACGACUUCCUUUUGUUGCAGGGGAUCAUUUCAAUAAUAACAAAAUAAUAAUAUAGGA